AGUGGGCGGGGUUUACGUCCAGGCACCAUGGCUUCGGUAGGAACCGAGCCGGCUGGUCUAGCCAAGGGCAGCGUGGAUAAGGGUGCAUCUGCAAAGAAAGAGGGACUCGAUCCAGCAAGCAACGGAGAGGAGAAGUCAGAUGGAGGCAAAGAGGUAGCAGCCAGACUGGCCUCUUCCCCUGCUGCAGAGGUAAUGCUCAAUGGCACUGAAUGUGACGACACGAGGCACAAGAGCCCAACAUACGGCUCCGCAACAGGCAGCAACAAGACUUUACUGUUGGUAAAUGAAAAUGGCAUACCAGAUAUGGAGCCACCGCACGGUUCUGUUACUGGAAGCAAUGGAUUCAUUUUCACUAAGCAGCAGCAGCAGCAGCAGCAGCAGGAUGGCAGCUCUGCAGUGACACCAGGUUUGGGAGUUUCCCCUCACAGGACUAACUGGUUGCCUUCGGGCACAUCAACAGGGGUACACAUGGUCAAACCCCUCCCUGCCUCGGCAUCAGGGUGCGCACAGACUUCGGGUGCAUUAAGGACUGACCCCAGUACAGGGACUACAUUGGGACAGGGUAUAUCAGACACUAAAAACGGCACAGCCCCAUCUCCUGCACCAACCCCAGCACCCGUCACGAUACACAGAGCGCGUAAGACCAUGUCCAGACCUGCUGUCAGCCCGGCACAAAAGCUUCUUAACAGGGAAUUAAGAGAAGCAAAAAGUGCCAAAAUGGAGAAAACGGAGACUCACAUUGCACCUGAUGCGCAGAAAUCCUCGCAGCAGUCUCCCUCUCAGAACCAUCUACCUCAAAGUCCACCAGAUAUGCCAGCUUCAGCACAAACAGUGUCAUCUGCUUCACCAGCACCUCCGCCAACUCCAGCUCCUCCAGCUCCCCCACCUCCUCCAACUCCGGCUUCAGCCCCAGCUAAGCUCCAACUAGGCUCAUACUCAGGAGGGUUGUCAUCCCGUAAGAAGAAGAGGAGGAUGGGAACAUACAGUCUGGUUCCCAAGAAGAAAACCAAAGUGCUUAAGCAGAGAACUGUGCUUGAAAUGUUUAAGGAACUACAACAGUCUGCCAAGAGCCCACAGACUAAAGAGGUAGGAGGCAUAAAUGGGGAGAAAGUGGAAAAUGCAUCUGAGGAAGAAGAGUCAGAGGAGAUGGAGUCUGAAGAAGAGGAAGGACAGCAGCCAACAGAAGAACCUGUCAGUGCUGUUCAGGAAGCAACAUCUGAACCCAUCUCUCAGGUGGGAGAUGAGCAGGAGUCUGAAGAGUCUGGAGAAGAAGAGGGAGAGGAGGAGGGCACAGAGUCCGACAUGAGCACAGAGUCUAGUCUGAAGAAGAAGUUGAAAAAGAAAACAAAAGGAGACAGUGCGUGGCUCAGGCCGUCCAGGAAACGAAAGAGGAGGAUAAAGGCCAAAGAACUGGAGGUGGUUGUUCAGCCUCAGGCUUCGGCUCAGGCCCUGGCAGGUGAUGAGAAGGAGUACACGCACAUUCUCCCACCUGAGUCUGUCAACCUCAACAAGCCUCAAGAGCUGGAGGUUCCCUCACAGAACAAAGGGUCAGCGGUCGAGGAGGCUCAGGAGCUUCCGCUCUGCAGCUGCCGCAUGGAGACGCCCAAGAGUCGAGAGAUUCUCAUCCUGGCAGACAGGAAGUGCAUGGCCACAGAGAGCGUUGAUGGACAGCUGACCCGCUGCCAGGGUGCUGUACUGAAACAUGAAAUGAUGCGUCCCUCCAACUCUGUUCAGCUGCUGGUUCUGUGCGAGGACCACCGCAACGGCAUGGUGAAGCAUCAGUGCUGCCCCGGCUGUGGCUUCUUCUGCAGGGCUGGGACCUUCAUGGAGUGCCAACCAGACGUCAGCAUCUCUCACCGUUUCCAUCGUGCUUGUGCCUCAGUGCUGAAAGGUCAGAGCUUCUGUCCCCAUUGUGGCGAGGAGGCCAGCAAGGCCAAGGAGGUCACCAUCGCCAAGGCGGACACCACCUCCACUGUGCCCACUGCGCUUGCACACGGACCUGCCACACCCGGGGCCCCCGAGGGUAGAGCGGACACCACCACUGGCAGCUCUUCUCGCCUGGCUGUCGGGGCUGAGGCCAGUGGCCGGGCCGACAGCUCACUGCCUGUUCGUUCUGCACACGGACUUGACGCCUCUGCCAUUCCUGGGUCGUCCAGGGCUGCAGCACUGCAGGCCAGCAUUGGGACAACAGCUUCACUGACAGUUCCUCCAGGACCACCUAAAGAAACUCUAGAGAGCAUCCUGGUAGCUCUUGAUACAGAGAAGCCCAAGAAGCUGCGUUUUCACCCCAAGCAACUUUAUCUCUCAGCCAAACAGGGAGAACUCAAAAGGGUCUUGCUCAUGUUGGUGGAUGGCAUUGACCCUAACUUUAAGAUGGAAUCCCAGAACAAACGCACACCGCUCCAUGCCGCGGCUGAGACAGGACACAAAGACAUCUGCCACAUGCUCGUACAAGCCGGUGCAAACUUGGACAUGUGUGAUGAAGACCAGCGGACACCACUGAUGGAGGCCUGUGAGAACAACCACAUGGAUACGGUUCUGUACCUGCUGAGAGCUGGAGCCAGUGCCACACACAAGGAUGUUGAAGGGUUCACCUGUCUCCACCUAGCGGCAAAGUCCGGCCAUUACAACAUUGUUGAGCACCUUCUAUCCACAGGACUGAUCAACAUAAACUGUCAGGAUGAUGGAGGUUGGACAGCCAUGAUCUGGGCAACAGAGUACAAACAUGUGAACCAGGUGAAGCUGCUUUUGUCCAAAGGAGCCGACAUCAGCGUCAGGGACAAGGAAGAAAACAUCUGCCUUCACUGGGCAGCGUUCUCUGGCAGCGUGGAGAUCGCGGAGCUGCUCCUGAACGCCCACUGUGAUCUCCAGGCUGUCAACGUCCACGGAGACUCUCCUCUACACAUUGCUGCUCGGGAGAAUCGCUUGGAUUGUGUCACGCUUUUCCUGUCUCGAGGAGCAGAUGUGUUUCUGAAGAACCGCGAAGGAGAAACUCCUCCAGACUGCUGCAGCCACAACUCAAAGGCCUGGGCUGCCCUGCAGGCAAACAGGAGGGAGAGGGAAGACAAGAACAACAGGCUCAGUCAAGCAGAGGAAAAACUCCUCCACAGUGACAUAGCUCUGGGGCAGGAGAGAGUUCCCAUUCCUUGUGUCAACUCUGUCGACAGCGAACCUUACCCAGACAACUACAAAUACAUCCCUGAAAACUGCGUCACGUCCCCCAUGAACAUUGACAGAAACAUCACACACUUACAGUACUGUGUUUGUAAGGAGGAUUGUUCGGCAAGUAUCUGCAUGUGUGGGCAACUCAGUCUACGCUGCUGGUACGACAAGAGCGGUCGUCUUCUCCCUGAAUUCUGCCGGGAGGAGCCUCCCCUCGUCUUUGAGUGCAACCAUGCAUGCUCCUGUUGGAGGACCUGCAAGAACCGCGUAGUGCAAAAUGGACUCAGGACCAGGCUUCAGCUCUUCAGGACCAGUAAGAAGGGCUGGGGUGUCCGGGCCCUGCAGGACAUACCACAGGGGACCUUUAUAUGCGAGUACGUAGGUGAGAUCAUCUCUGAAGCAGAGGCAGAGAUGAGGCAAAAUGAUGCUUACCUGUUCAGUCUGGAUGAUAAGCCACAAGACUUAUACUGCAUCGAUGCCCGUUUCUAUGGAAACAUCAGCCGCUUCCUCAAUCACAUGUGUGAGCCCAACUUGUUUGCCUGUCGAGUGUUUACAACGCACCAGGACCUUCGUUUCCCACACAUUGCCUUCUUUGCCAGUGAAAACAUCAAGGCUGGAGAGGAGCUGGGAUUUAACUAUGGCGACCACUUCUGGGAAGUCAAAAGCAAGCUGUUCAACUGCGAAUGCGGCUCCUCAAAGUGCAAGUACUCGUCCGUGGCCAUGGCAUCGCUGCAGGCCGACAGCACACCAGAGGACCAGCAGCAGCCCAGCGCGUCACCUGACACCAGCUCUUCCAACAGUCCCCCGAGUCCUACAUAAAACCCUCCUCACACUACGCUUCGCUACACGAACAGGACUGAUGGACACACGGGGACGCCUGUGCCCAUUCACGAACUUUGAACUUUUAUCAGUGAACUUGUACUGUAUCUCCACUUCUGAUUAAAUGACCAUGGACCAUGGACCAUAGAUGACAAAACACACACAGAAGCAGAUGCACAAUCAAAUCCUGGAAGAAGUCACUGCUCCUUAAUUCCACCUUGUGUAACAUGAACAGCAGGGGGCAGUGACGUCACGCACAGCAAACAUCGCAGGAACAAUUGAAGGCAGUCUUUACAUUUCAAACAUAACUUGACUGGGAAGGAGAACUGUGCAUUUUGUCUUUUUUUUUUUUUUUAAGAUAAUUGUUUAACAUUGCUAAAUGGCUUUUCUUAGAGUCAUGAUCAAGGAGUUUCGGGGGUUGGGGAUGAGCGCAUCGUCGUCUUUUGCAAUGAAAACCUCGGCAUACAGCUGGGUUUAACCUGUUUGGCCAUUGUGGUCAUUUCUUAUGAACCAUUCCAGCAAAAUUAGCUGAUAAAUACUGAAUUAUGUUGCCACUCUUUUGUGUCACUUCAUCUUUGUUGCAGUGUGUGAAUGGAUGUCCAACAUUUACCACCGCAGUUGAUUAUAAAUUGAAUCAACUGAAAUGAUGUGAAAAAGUGGACUGUUUUUUAAUUUGCUACUCAAGUGAGUAUAGAUUGUCUGAUAGAAAGAUGCUGUACCAUUCCUCAUAAAAAGAGGUGUUUCUAGUCUGAAUAAAUUGGCUGACCUUUUUAUUAAGCAUGGAGAUCUUAAUGUGUCAGAUAUUUUGCCAGAGUUGUGGAGGAAUUGCUUAAACUGAAAUGGAGUUUAAAAAAAAAACAUGGUGCUGACAAAGGUUUUUACUUUUGUUUUCAUUUGUAUUGCCCAAGUGAACAUACUUUGUAAAAUAAGAGAACAUUAAGUUUUUUAUGUUUAAUUUUAUCUCCAGUUUUCUAAUUGUAGUCACUGUAGUUAGCCUGUUUUUAAUUUUGUUUCAUGAUUUUGCCGACAGAAGCAAACCCGUCUUUUUAAAUGUUGUUAGUAAAGCAGUGACUGUUGUGCAAAGUUUUGAAAGGUAUAAAUGGAAAAAAAAAGGUUUAAAAUGCACUUCCAUUAUGUUCUGUUACAUAUUUCUGGACCGUGAACCAUCCAUCUAAUUGGUUGUAUCUUUUUCAAUAAAUUUACUACUAAUGCAUUUAUUCUGA